AUGGAUGCAAAGGCUUUGGCGAAAUCGAAGAGAGCUCAUUCUCAGCAUCAUAGUAAGAAACAUAAUCCAAAUCAAGCAUCCAAAGCUCCUUCAGCUGGGACUAUCGGAGCGGCCUUGCCGUCCGGCAAGCAAGUUCGAGUCAAGUCCGACAGGUCUCAGGGUUCUAGCUUACUCCCCUCCAAUUGGGAUCGGUAUGAGGAAGAGUUUAACGAUUCAGGUUCUGAAAAUCUAUCCCAAGAUAACCUGAGUAAAGCAACUGAUGUUGUUUUGCCAAAGAGUAAAGGGGCAGAUUAUACUUACCUAAUUUCUGAGGCCAAGGCUCAGUCCCAAACACAGUCUUUGGACGGCUUUGCCUCCUUCGAUGAUUCUAUUAGUGAUUUCUAUCAGGGAGUGGGUUCUUUACUUUCUAUCAAAGGGCAGAGCCUAUUAUCAUGGAAUGCAGAUGAUAAUUUCAUAGGAGAGGAUAAAGCAACUUCAAGUCGUGAAACAUCAUUUCUCUCUCUCAAUCUGCAUGCUCUCGCCAAACAACUUGCAAAAUCUGAUGUAUCACAAAGGCUUUUUAUUGAAGCAGAUCUAUUACCACCAGAGCUGUGCAUUGAGUUACGAGCAAGCAGCGAUCAGGAAUCUGGCCAGGGUCAAGCUCCAAGUACGAGGUAUAUGGAUGAGAAAGAUUCUGAUUCCUUAGUGUCACAUGGUGUUUCUGAAGGAGAUAAGUACACUGAUCAAGGCACCACAACCACCACCAGCCAUCCAUUUCCUGCUUAUGCCAGUGAAGGGUCAAAGUCCAUAAAUCAGGUUAAGGAUGAAGUCCAGCAUUUUGGCUGUACUAGUCAAAGCAUUUUCUCGGAGUCUACAGCAGAACUCAAUGUAGAUUCUAUUGCCAACCCUGCGAAGAAACCAUCUAGAUUUGAGGCAGCAGCUGCAGAAGCAGAGCUUGACAUGCUUCUUGACUCAUUUAGUGGAGCAAAGUUUCUUGAUUCCCAUGACGUCACGGAGAAGUCCGGUCACACAUCUUAUUUGUCACCAGGAGAAACCUCAACUUCGUUGUUGGAAGGAAUUUCAUCUGUUCGGUUGGUUCCUGCUGAACCAGUGAAGAAAGGCCCAGAUUUAUCUAGUUCUGCACUGAUAUCUGCCAAUCUGGAUGAUACCAUUGAUGACCUACUCAAGCAAACAUCCAGUCUAAUAAACCAAAAUAGUCCAUCACAGUCUAGUGAGGUAAAGGCUGCCCCUUCUGAUGUCCUAUCUUCCUCUUCCUUGCACCCUGCUUCCAAGUCUAAACUUUUGGAUGAUUUUGAUUCAUGGUUGGAUACGAUUUGA